AUGAGCAGUGACGCGAAUCCAUUGGACCCGUUCAAUUCCUCUUCGACCUCUGCCACCUCGGUGGCUGCUUCGACUGUGCGCCCGCGUAAUCGCCGACUGAUAUCGUUUGUGGGGGAUGGCGCGGAUGAGGCGGGUGGUUUGGGGGCCGGUUCGGUCUCCCAGCAGGCGGGCUAUACCCCUGGGGCGACUGGGACAUUGACGGCUGGACCUUCGAGUUUGAGAAAUGCCACCCCAUCGCCUUAUUCUUCCCGUACGGUGUCUCCGAACCCACGAAGGCAAUUUACGCGUUCACCGUCAGGGUUUGCUGGUGCUGAGACGUUCUCGAACGGCCUGCGGACUCGGAGCGGAUGGUCGGCAAAUUCAUCAGGAAGAAAAAGUAGUGGAUUUGCGGCGGACUUAUUGGAUACGUCGUGGUCGUCUCUUCAGGGGUUUGCGUCGGCGGUUAUGGGCACCAGCAAUGCUCACGCGAACAAUAGAUCUCCAUUGAAUGGGUCCCGGCAAAGAAAGCCUUCGGAAUCCGAUUAUUUUGAAAACGGAGGUCGCAAGCGGGCCGGGUUGCCCGCGACUUGGGGACCGUCUGGGCCUCAUGUCACCCAAACUCCACCGGGGUCAAAGGAGGACCGACGAGCCAUUAUACAGUCAAAGAAGCGAGAGCUCUUGUUGCAAGCCAAUGGAGAUUCUAUGCCUGAUAGCCAGGGGAACUACAAAAGACGAACCUCACUAGAAUACUCCCCAUCACCAGCACGACGAGUGGAACAAGAUGAUGACGAUUCAUUGGUUUAUAUACAUCGAGUACAGCCGACCGAUAGUCUAACUGGCGUUUCAAUACGUUAUGGCUGUCCUCUUCCCGUUUUGAGGAAGUCGAAUGGCUUUUGGCCCAGUGACAGUAUACAAUCGAGGAAAAUCGUGGUUCUACCUGUUGCGUCGUGCACUUUGAAGGGCCGGCGUAUUCAUGUGGAUCAUAAUCCUAACCAAUUGAAUCGUGAUACCAAUGAUGCGGAUGAUUCUCUUAAUGAUAAUAGCUCUCUUGUUCCCAAUACAUCCUCUACACAGGCUUCUAGGGCCGGAGAAUCUAGCGGUGGACUCGACGAUCCAUUCUUCUCCUCACAGCCAGGAAAAGACUCGAGCCAGGCACCGCUGUGGAAACAUGAAAGCUGGGUAGAAGUUGACGGAUUCUCCUCGCCGGUCGAGCUGGGUCGCGUUGCUAGAAGGACGUUGGGCUUUUUCCCACGAGCUCGUCGAAAAUCUCAGGCGCAUUCCGAAGCGUACUCUGACCUUGACACCUCCCCGUCCAAGAAUCAGACGCACCGAACUUUUUCACAUUCCCCUAUUCCGCAUAGUCGCGGCCGGUCUACAACGAAUUCCUCAAACAUUUCUUCUUCGAGCCGAUCGCAUCAGCGUAAUCACAGCAUUGUAUUAUUCGGGCCUGGCGGUGUUGGCACCCUGGAUCGUAAUGCUACCGGUCCUGGACCUGCCCCCGAUAAACUCAACGCUUUUGUUAGUGCUCACUUACCGAAUCUAGCUAUAUCCUCCCAGCCACCUCCAGUAAUGGGUUCUUUUCAUGGAUACAAUGACCGGAUAUCUUUUGACUCUGAAUCGACCUUACAUUCUAGCUCAUCAACUACCGGGUUAGAAAAUAUCGGUGGAGCAAUCGAAGGCUGGUUUCGCAAAGUUGCCACAAAGGCCAAAUCUGGACUCAACGAACUUCAGCAGCCAAUUCAACCACAUGAUCAUUUGGGUAUUGGGGGAAAUGGAGACUUGAUUGAGUUAAACGAGGCUUCGGAAGCUGGGAGGGCAAACUCUCCUGGGUGGCGCGAGAAUACCCAAAGACGAGAUAACCGGCAGAUCUCGUCGUCGUCAAACGCAUCAGCUCCCUGGGGUAGUGUGCGUGGUCGUGGGAUUGGCUUGAAGGAGUCGGCUAAGACAAAUGGCGAUUGA